UUUGUAAGCUUUUAGACGGCUGUUUGUAGAGUCAGUGUCGCGGUAACUAACUGUCUCAGUACACGUCUCGGUGGUACCGACAAUGGGAUUUCAAGAAUUUGUUGGGAGUAAGUUGAAUGUGAAAUAAGCUUCCUCUUGGUUGGUGAAUGGUACUGUGAAUUAUAGUGGAUACAUUGUCUCAAUAGGAAGCAACGGACAUCCUCAUCAACUGUCUUCUUAUAAUCCCGAUGUUAUAGAUUUUGAAACGGAACAGACUUUGACAAAGAAUGGCAGUGGUUUUGGAAAAAGUCAUUGUUCUAUGCCACGAUUCGCGGCAUUGUAAUAUUCUUUAAUACCACGAAACAAGCGUGUGCACGUGAGCUGCAUCUGACAGACACUGCCCAGAACUAUCCUGAAUUAAAGAUGUCUCAAUUUUUUGACGCAACUGAAGCUCCCGGGGAAAAGAAUGAAAAGAUACCCGUUUCCCUUAAAUGGUAUCAGUGCGGUAACCUUGACUCGUCCCAGGGUCGGCGUAAUAACGCUGCCCUCAUCAUGUCGGUGGCGUUGAUGCCGGUCGUAGUCAUGAUCAUCCAGAACCUCAUCAACGUCUACAACAGCUCCAGCCACGUUGCUAAAAUGGAGGACCUACGGAACCAGAUUCUGUUCAGUACGGAGACGGGCAAUGUCGUGCACAUGCUACAGAUCGAGAGGGGCAUAUCAGCUCUAUACAUUAGUAGCAACGGGGAUACCACUAUUUUCCAAGGUCUGCACAGAGCCAGAGUAAACUCCGACAAUGUCAUCAACUCCUUGUCACAGUGGCCUUCGUCGCCACUCGAACACUUCAAGAGUCUUGACAUUUUCCACAAACACGUCAAUGCAUUCAGAGAAAGAAUAGACGCGGGCAACGUCACCGUGACUGAUUCCAUCGACUUCUACACUUGGGUGAAUGCUGUCAUGAUCAGCUGGGCUGGGCGAAGCGUGCAGAAAUCCAUUACCGGCGACCUGUGGAGAACGCUUGUUUCAUAUCAUAUGUUACUGCUAAGUAAAGACGAAGCGGGCAUCGAACGGGCAUUGGGAUCAACAUUUUUCGCCAAAGGUGGUUUCAGACAGGUUGAACUUCUUGGUUAUAUGUCAAGAAAAACGCUUGGCGUCUCCUAUCUUACACUUUGCUCAGAGUAUGACAGUCUUCCCAAAGAUGUUCUUGCUAAGAAUUAUUCAGAUAGUGACGUGGCAAAGAUUGUUACGGAAAACCGAGAGAGAAUUGCCCUGAACAACGAAAGCUUCGCAUCAGUUGAAGAGGGUUCGUGGUGGUUUGGAAAUAUGACAUCAUACAUCGAUGUUCUGAAGACGAUCCAAGACUCUUUGGCAUCGAAGAUUAUUUUUCUUCUUGAACAGCAAAUAAACGAAUUACAUGAAGCUUUAACGGGAAUGAUUCUCGUGAUGGUGUUUGCCAUUUUGUUGACUCCAUUCGUUGUUUUCUGCAUAUAUCGACUCACAUGUCGCAUACAAGACUAUGCCACAACGCUCCGCGAGAAAACACGAGACUUGGACAAAGAGCGCAGGCGCAGUCAGACUCUCCUGUAUGAACUACUUCCGGUGACGGUUGCAAAGAAAAUGAUAAACCAUGAACCUAUUGAACCGGAGUCGUACGGUAAUGUGACGAUCUAUUUCUCGGAUAUUGUUGGAUUCACGGUGAUAUCGUCCAAGAGCAGUCCUAUGCAGGUGGUAGACCUGCUGAACAUGUUAUACCAAGCCUUUGACAAGCAGCUUGAGUUGUAUGACGUCUACAAGGUGGAAACAAUAGGAGAUGCGUAUAUGGUGGUUUCCGGACUUCCUAUGAGAAACGGGGACAGACAUGCUGCAGAAGUAGCCUGCCUCGCUUUGGAUUUACUUGACACCAUAUCGAGGCUCAGCAUCCCACAUCUUCCAGAGGAAACAUUACGACUUCGGAUAGGUUUGAAUUCUGGGCCAGUGGUGGCCGGCGUCGUGGGGACGAAGAUGCCCAGAUACUGCCUGUUCGGGGACACCGUCAACACAGCGUCCAGAAUGGAAUCAACCAGUUUGCCCCUUCACAUCCAGAUUACAGAGUCAACCCAGAAAGCCUUGCUAGUUCACGGAGGCUUCAACAUCACACUAAGAGGGUCACUUGAAGUAAAGGGAAAGGGGGUCAUGACAACGUUUUGGCUCACCUCAAGGAGUCCCAAGAUAGCACAGAAUUACUCUGAUAACCAUCUCUUGUGACCGCUUUGGAGACAGAACGUCCGUCAUCUGAGACCAGUUUAAUCUACCGACCACCGUUGGUGCCAUGAAAGGGGUGUUCCCAAGUGCCAUACUACGAAUAUUGGCAAGGAAUUGGAUGUAUUUAUUAUGGUAGUGUUCCUUGUUUGUGACAACAGUAAUUACCAAAUCGUUGUUUUGUCACACCUUGUCAAACACGAUUGUUUUGUUCAUGUUUUUGAAACAAUAUCUUUUGAUAAAUCUUUAGUUCAAUAUACACAAUGAAAGGCUGAUGUUGGAAUCGGUCUUAAUGGGGUUGCUUCUUUAGAGGCUUCUACAGGCUGCGACUACAUGUUGCUAUUAGUGCCAUGUGUUAUUUUUAUUGUCAU